AUGAGCUCAUCUCGACCUCCGUCUAAUCCUUCCUCGCGAAGCUCUACUCCAAAUCCUGCGAAUUCCCGGUUUACUUCACAGAGUACAACUGCAGAAGACCUCCUCAAAUCUCAAACUGUUGGAUUGGUUCACCUUUCGGAUUUCAAGAAACGAAGGGUUGAAGUACUGGAACAAAAGGAACGGGAAGCGCAAGAUAGAACAUUGGGAAUUGCUACUCCAUCCUCAGCAUCGGGCGCGGCUACGCCCUCUGAACGUGGAUCAACACCUCAGCCGCCCAAAAAGAAGAAGAAGACGGUGGCCAAGGGCAAACUAUCCUUUGGCCUGGAUGACGAAGAAGAAGACUCAAGUACCUCUACUACUGCCUCACCAAAGCCGGGCACGCCAGACGUGCAAAGGUCUGAAUCAACUUCACCCAACCCUGAAGAUGGAGCUGGUGUGAAGAAGAAGCGGCUUGGCCCCAAUGCCAAUGUUACCGUCGCGCCCAAGGCAAUGACCAAAUCUGCGCUUCUUCGCGAAGCGCAAACGAGAGAACAAUUGCGAAAAGAAUUUUUAGUGAUGCAGGAGGCUGUCAAAGCUACGGAGAUCCUCAUGCCAUUUACAUUCUACGAUGGCACACAUAUUCCUGGCGGCGUCUGCAAAGUCAGGAAGGGCGAUCACGUAUGGUUGUUCCUUGAUAAGGCACGUAAAGUCGGCGCUGAACUUGCCGUUGGUGGCGGCGGAGAAAAGGCCAAUCGUCGAGAAUGGGCUCGAGUUGGGGUCGAUGAUCUAAUGCUCGUCAAGGGCGAUCUCAUCAUCCCACAUCAUUAUGAUUUCUACUAUUUUAUUGUCAAUAAGACCAAGGGACGGGAUCAAGUUCCUUUAUUUCCCUUUUCGUCCCAGCCGACCUCUACCACGCCAUCUUCCUCCCGGCCUGAAGAUGAGCCGGACUUCAAUCCUCUUUCGAAACCACCAAAGCAAAAAGAGAGCUCUCGCACGCCGCUUGAUCCGCGAUUGGAGGGGUAUGAUAAUGACCCGACCCUGACCAAGGUUGUCGAUCGACGGUGGUAUGAACGUAAUAAACACAUCUUCCCUGCCAGCACCUGGGAAGAGUUUGAUCCGACCAAGGACUAUACCUCGACGAUUCGAAAGGACACCGAGGGAAAUGCAUUCUUCUUUUAA